AUGGAGAAAUCGAAGUCGAGACUAAGUUCCCCAGAACGAUCCAGCUCCGUCGCGUCCAGGCCUACAGCAUCGCGCACUAGCAGUCAGGAGCAGCUGGAUGACAUCGAGAAGGCGUCGACUGCAGUCGGUAGCCCACAGACCUCUCCGCUUGAGUUCAAACCCGAAGCCGAUCUCGACAAAUUACCUGGUCAUGGAAAGCCACGAAGAGAGUCGGAGUCCACCAAAUUUGGCGGUGAAGAAGAAAAUCCCAACGUCAAUGUAUCGUUCCACAGACCUUCCACUCCAUCUACGGUUCAUAAAGUCAAGGGCUCGACCUACCAGAAUGUCGGAGAGAGCGGGAUUAAGAGAAUGCACAAAUUCUCGCUCUACGAAACCAGUACCCGCUUCUAUCUCAUUGGUGCCGACAUUACCGACAGGCAGUUUCGCGUGCUGAAGAUCGAUCGGACCGCUGCACCUGGACAUUUGAACAUCUUUGAAGACGAUAUAGUGUAUAAUCGGCGAGAAAUGCAUCAGUUGCUCGAUACGAUAGCUGACGGCAACAAGGCUACAGGGGGGAUGAAGUUGAAGUGCAGCACAUGGGGCCUGUUGGGCUUCAUCCGGUUCACGGAGGCGUACUACAUGUUAUUGAUAUCCAAAAGAUCGCAAGUAGCCAUGUUGGGCGGUCACUACAUUUAUCAGGUCGAUGGCACGGACAUGGUGCCAUUGACGACUGGAUCAACAUCAAGGUACCAGAAAGACCGCAAUCCGGAAGAAGCGAGAUUCUUGUCCAUCCUCAACAACAUGGACCUCACACGAUCAUUCUACUUUAGCUAUUCUUACAACGUUACGAGGAGCCUGCAACAGAACAUCAUUCAUCAGCGGACUGCACUUAGUGAAGGCAUUUCCAACCCUGAACGCGAUUUUCAGGAUAUGUUUGUUUGGAACCAUCAUCUCCUGAACCCUGCGCGAGACGCACUGAAGAACGUCUACGACUGGUGUCACCCAGUCAUACAUGGAUACGUUGAUCAAUCUUCGCUGGAUGUUUUUGGGCGACGAGUAUACCUUACCAUCAUUGCCCGACGAUCAAGACAUUUUGCCGGUGCUCGUUUCCUCAAGCGUGGAACAAACGACCUUGGAUAUGUCGCCAAUGACGUCGAGACAGAGCAAAUUGUGUCCGAGCAGACCACGACUUCCUUCCAUGCUCCUGGACCACGCCUCUAUGCGAAUCCCUCUUACACAUCCUACGUCCAGCACCGCGGUAGCAUACCGUUAUACUGGACGCAAGACAAUACUGGUGUGACACCAAAGCCAGACAUCGAUUUGAAUCUCGUGGAUCCUUUCUACAGCGCAGCAGGACUGCAUUUCGAUAACCUGUUUGAGCGCUACGGUGCCCCGAUCUACGUUCUCAACCUUAUCAAGGCGCGUGAACGAACUCCGAGAGAGUCGAAACUGCUUUACGAAUACAAGCACGCUAUCGACUACCUCAACCAGUCGCUACCAACUGACAAGAGGAUCAUAUAUGAGGCUUUCGAUAUGUCAAGAGCAGCCAAAACCAGAGGACAGGAUGUCAUUGGCACGUUGGAGAACCUUGCUGAAAAGGUCUUGCGGAAGACAGGGUUCUUUCGCAACGGCGACAAUGAGUAUGAUGCGCCUCAAGUGCAGAACGGAGUGGCGCGAACGAAUUGCAUCGACUGUCUAGACAGAACCAACGCUGCUCAGUUCGUCAUUGGAAAACGAGCACUAGGUCGACAAUUGCAAGCGCUUGGUGUCAUAUCCGGUAAUACUGUCGAGUACGAUUCGGACUGCGUCGAGCUGUUUACGCAGAUGUUCCACGGUCAUGGUGACACUAUCGCCAUCCAGUAUGGUGGCUCGCAUCUCGUCAACACGAUGGCUACCUACCGGAAGAUCAACCAGUGGCAAAGUAGUUCUCGCGAUAUGGUUGAGAGCUUCAAGCGCUACUACCACAAUUCCUUCCUCGAUUCACAGCGUCAAGAGGCAUACAAUCUGUUUCUGGGUAACUACGUUUACCGCCAGGGCCAGCCGAUGCUAUGGGAUCUAUCAACAGACUACUUCCUCCACCACGAAAACCCACAAAACUUCCUCGAGCGCACAAGACGAGACUAUAUCCAGUGGUACACACAUUCGCAUCUUCAACAACGCACACUACCACCUUCAGUCAUGCCAGCUCUACCAAGUGAGGAAUCAACAUUCGACUUCAUCAGCUUCCGUGAUGAUUACUGGCUCGAAUACUAUCGACCAUUGGCUAUCUCGUCAUAUCUCAAAAUAUUUGCCUUCCGUUUAGCCAAGCCGCGACCAGGUCUUAGGGAUGGAACGUAUCCAUCUCGUAAGGAGAACAUGUCUCCGUUCGUCCCCCGUACGAAGCAACAGGAUCACGACGCACAAGGAAGGGAUGGAAAGAAGGCUCCUCGGAAAGGUGUGACCAUCAUUGACCCUUCGAGCGAGACUGAGUCCAAGCCCGAUCAUACCCCAGGCAACCGGAGGAGGGAUCUGCACCUUAGCGCUACCUACGCAGAAUCAUCAGUCCGACAUUCCAUUCUUCGGGAAUCGCAUUUCGAAACCCACCCGUCAGCACCACCGCCGUCAGCAUACCAAUCGUUGGCCAAUUCCAUGUCCACGUCAACUGGCCUCUCGUCCACGCUCAAACCCGGUUUCAAGCCCGCUAACAAAGCGCUCGUUCACCAGUGGACAUUAACCCAAUUCUAUGAGAACAGCAUGAAUCCAUCGGUAUCCUACAGCGAAGAAGAAGAAUACGCCCGCUACAUCGAACACCCGCUUAACCUACCUUUGGUUGUCAGUAGCGAGAUGCCCACCGCCGACGACCCCAGUGCGAUGGAAUUCUACGACUACCUUUCCAUGACAGAAGGCAGCAUCCCCGCGCCCAAGAACUUCGAUGAAGAUGGCGUUCAAAUAACCCUCUCUGAUCUACCCCGUUUGGACACCGAACUCGCAAACCAGUCCUUCGCCCGCCCCAUGACCUCACAAUCUGUCAGCACGCCGUUCUCACACGCGCCCUCCUACUCGUACCCGCACACGUACAAUCUGCACCCGCACGUCUACGCGGAUGUUCAGGAGCCGCCUCCACAGCCACAGUCUACUGGAAGCAAGUUCCAAACGCCGGAAGAAGAUAUCGAGGAGUUUGAAGAAUUUCUGCGCGUCAAGGAGAACCCGUUGGACGUCGAAGAGGAAGAUACGGCGAAGAAGAGAUACAAAGCUUACCGGCAGUGGUUGAGAGGUAAGAGCUUCUUCAAACAGAGUAAGGUUGAUCCUGAGUGGCAGGCACAGUUGCCUGUGCGGUAG